UUAAAAAACUGUGUUCCAUUAAAAGUAUUUUAACUAUUUUAAAAAGUCUUUUCUAAAAUUUCCUUAAAUUCCAGUUUUUAGAUCUAUUAAAGCUUUAAUAAUUUAAACAUCCUGUGAAAUGAUGUGAAACUGUUAUUUCAUAAUUUUUCUAUCGAAAUAAGUAAAUCAAAAAUGCCUCGUGAAAAGUUGAUGAGAAAACUGCUGCUGCUCCUUGCAAUUGUGAUACCUUUGGGAUCCGGUCAAAACAGCAGCCUAAAAAUCAAUAAGAACCUUAAAGAUAUCGAAGCUGGGGCCGUGGCCCUGCCCGCGAUUCAGAGUCCCGGGAAUAUUUGCAUCCGCGAGGAGCCCUACGUGGAGCAUGUCCAGGUGCCCGAGAUGCAACCGGUGCGCGUGCGCACCUCCAGUUGGUGCAUGGAGAUCCCGCCGCGAUGUGCCACCUACAAGACGGAAAUGCGCGAGGUGGUGAGGGUCCAGAAAUUAAACAAAACGCGAACUGUUCGCUUUUGCUGCCAAGGCUACGAGGGAAAUCUUUCAGACAGCCAAGCCACAUGUAAGCCGAUUUGCCGGGGCGGCUGUGGGCGUGGCAGUUGCGUAAUGCCCGACAUUUGCAGUUGCGAAGAAGGUUACAUUGGCAAGCAUUGCACACAACGUUGUGAUCACGAUCGCUGGGGUUUGGACUGCAAGAAUCCUUGUCAAUGCCAAAAUGGAGCAGCCUGCGAUAAUAAAUCGGGCUUGUGCCACUGCAUAGCUGGUUGGACAGGGCAGUUUUGCGAACAGCCUUGUCCUCAAGGAACCCAUGGCAUAAUGUGCCGCAAGGCCUGCGAUUGCGAUGAGAAACCUUGUAAUCCCCAAACGGGUGCCUGCAUCCUGCAGGAUCAUCCACUUGAGCUAAAUGUGAGCCAUGUAAUCGUAGAGACUGUUAACUCCACCCUGGAAAAGAUGGGUAUUAUUCCACGACCCACAACGCCUCUUCCAAUUCCCGAAGUCAUCUUGAUUAAGCAGCCGGUGAAUCAGGAGAAUGCCCAGCACUCCCCCAAGAUAAUAGUUCACCAAUCGGGCAGUGAGCUCCUCGAGAAUCUCCAUUCGGCCGCUGCUGCUGGUGUCCCAACUCCAGAGGUUAUCCACGUCAUCACAAAUGGGAUUACUUCGCCGCAGGAACAUCUCGCAGGAUUUGUGGGAUCCGAUUCCAAUAAAAGCAAGGCGGCAGCGGAUCAUCAAUCCGGUUUGGUAACAACACUGGUCUGCAUAAUGCUCCUUCUGCUGAUUGGAAUCGCAGUGGGAUCACUUUACGUUUACCGGAGGUAUCUCCACAAGAAUUCUGAUGUUUACAAUGCCAAUGGAAUGGUAACCACAUUGCCAGCCAAUCCGGAAGUGGUUCUCACCGAAGCUGCUAUUUUGGGCAAGAACUUUCACGAACCUUUGCCCGAACCUCCAGUGGUCUUUGCGGUCAAGCCCCAAGCGAACGAGGCAACACUUCCAGAAUUAUAUGACACACCCAGCAAUAACUCAUCGAUUAAAACGCCGCCUUACGCUUAUGCUAGAAAGGAGUCUCUCUACUCAGUGGUUUCACCAAAAUCGCGAAAGGGCAGUUUGGAUUCCCAUCUGUACGACGAGAUCCGUUACCACCAGCAGCACCACCACCAGAAUCAGCACCACCCACGGAACCACCAACACGUCCAGCACUCCACAACUGCCUCCGCAUUUCUGCCGGCCAGGCCACAAGUGAUGCCAGUAAAUGACCAGUUCUCCAACGGAGGUCAUCUUCCCCAUCAAAGAUCCCAUCAUGUCACCCACUUGAUAAUCCCCCCUCAGAACUCAAAUUUCUUACAGGUCCCAGCACAAAUCACAGCCAAAAGACUUAAAUUGUGCGCUCUUUUCUGUGGCGGCAUGCACUUUUGCGGACCGUCGCUUGUUUUUACCGCUCUGCUGACGCUGGCGGCAUUUCCUGUCCCGAUUGAUUCCGAUUCUACGGAGCUUUUCGGGGAUAUAGUGAGUCUGGGAGAAUUCGAGUCUCUGAGUCUGACCCGGGAGCACCAACAACAUCUUUGCCAUCGGGAGGUGCCCACUGUGUUUUUCCAAAUCGAGAAGGAUUCCCCGGUGCGCGGCAAUGGAUCCACCAUUUACUACCAUCGCGUGGAGGUCUGUUGUGCGGGUUACCGUAGAGAUCAGUAUUCCCAGAAAUGUGUGCCAGACUGCUCGUCAACUUCGCCGGACAACUGCCGGAAUGGAUUCUGUCGCGAUCCGGGAAACUGCGAAUGCUUCGAGGAGUUUGUUCGCAAUGAGCACGGAGCCUGCAUUCACACCUGUCCAAUUGCCUGUCAAAAUGGCAGGUGUUACUUAAAUGGCACCUGUUCCUGCCACCAAGGAUUCGUUCUCGAUCAGGACACCCGAAAGUUCUGCCGACCCCUGUGCUCGCAGGCAUGUGGCACCCACGAGGAGUGUGUGGCACCUGGGAAGUGCGACUGCUCCCCCGGGUACCGAAGAACUCCGGAAUUGGGAUGUCAACCAGUCUGUGCUCCAGACUGCGGAUUCGGAAAAUGUGUGGCUCCCAACCAGUGCGAGUGCUUCGCGGGAUUCAUAAAGCGGCCAAACCGAAAUGUCUGCGAAGCAGAGUGUUACCUAAAUUGCGAGAACGGGUUCUGUGAGUCGAGGUACAAAUGCCACUGCCGCGAAGGAUAUCGCUACGACGUGAACUCCACGAGCUGUUUACCUCAAUGCCUCGACAAUUGUGGCCAGGGAAAUGGAGUGUGCAUUGCGCCAGGAGUUUGUCGCUGCUUCGAAGGAUACGAAGCCCACGGAACCGAGUGUAGACCCAAGUGUGAGAGAUCCUGUGGAAAAUACGGUCGCUGUGUGGCCCCCGAAAUCUGCGGUUGUGGCGAAGGUCAACAGCACUGUCUAAACGGAAGUUGUGAUGAUGUGGAGCACUGUAAUUGUCCCAAUGGCGAGACACACUUCAUUGAUCGCUGCCUGAAACCCAACCAACUUAGCCAACAGUUCUACAGCGUCGAGAGGAGAAAGCAUUUCAAUCUUCAGCUGGCUUACGAGUUUAAUGCCCUGAUCGGGCGUUUAUUCAAUUUGGUCAUGCAGAAGUUGGGGGCACUGCAGAAUCCAUUCUGGCAUCCUUGGGCGCAGUGGGGCUGGCAGAUGUUGCGCUGGUGUUCGUCCUUCACGUAUCCUGUCCGGCAUUCGCACUGGUUGUUGCCCACGCAGACGCCGUUCAAGCAGGGCAGGUCGCACUUUGGCACACACUCCGACGACUUCCGGUCCCACUCGAAGCCGGAACUGUCGCAGACCGGUUCGCAGGAUCCGUCGGCGGCCAGGCGGUAUCCUUCGAGACAGGCGCACUUGUUGGGCGCCACGCACUUGCCGAAGGUGCAGCCGGGGUUGCACUUCGGCUGGCAGUACUUGCCACUCGUGGGCUCCAAAGUGGGACAGGUGGAGAUGCACUUGCCCUCGGAGGUGCGAACGUGGCCGGGGAUGCAGACACAGGUGUUGGGCGCCGUGCAGAUUCCAUUGGGACAGUCAUCGGAGCAGAUCGAGCCACCACAUCAAGCUGUUGGUGCUCAGAUUGAAGUGCCUGCCCAGCAGCAGAUCGAAUUCCUGGAUCAGGGAGGCGUUCACCCGGAUCGGAUUCAUCGAGGCCUGGCAAAUUGUGAGCACAUUGAAAACAAAAUGUCGUUACUGGAUGUGGGCCUUUGUCUGGGCUUUAUUCAGAUAUUGGUUUGCCUGCCCACAAUUUACACAAAUGUGCCCAACUACUCGGAUCGAUACAGUCGCAGGCCAGUAUCUCAGGAUCCAGGUGCUGGUAGCUAUGGCCGCGGCGGGUACUUGGAGAACAGGCAGUUGUCAUAUAAUCGAAUGGCCCAAGGAAGUCUCGAGGAUCCACGAAAUGUGGAACGGCAGCCAAUGAGUCGCGAAUAUAUGAUUCGAUCCCAUGAAACGCCGACCGUUGGAGGGCAGCACAAGUGCCGCAUUUGGGUUCCACCGGACUCGGUGGAGAAGUUCGUGCACCACAGCUUCAUCCAGACGGACCAGGCCAACCGGCUGUCCCUGAUCGAGGUCUGUUGCACGGGCUACUCGGCCAGUCGCCUGAAGGGAGUAACCGUGUGCCGACCACUAUGUGGCUGCCAGAAUGGGAGUUGCAGGAGUCCGGGCGAGUGCGAGUGCUACGAGGGAUUCGUGAAGAACGACAACGGCGACUGUGUGUUCGCCUGUCCACUGGGCUGCCAGAAUGGCCAGUGCUUCCUGGAUGGCAGCUGCCAGUGUGAUCCCGGCUACAAACUGGACGAGACGCGCCGCUACUGCCGGCCAAUCUGCAGCAGUGGUUGCGGCAGCAGUCCGCGGCAGAACUGCACCGAACCGGAGGUCUGCGGCUGCUCCAAGGGAUUCCAGCUAAGCGACGACGGUUGCCAGCCAGUCUGCGAUCCCGACUGCGGAAUCGGAGGGCGUUGCAAGGAGAACAACGAGUGCGAUUGCGCACCCGGCUACAAUCUCAAGGACGGCGUCUGCCAGGCCGACUGCUAUCAAAAGUGCAACAACGGGGUAUGUGUUAGCCGAAACAGAUGUAUCUGCGACCCGGGAUUCACCUACCACGAGCAGUCGACCAUGUGUGUUCCGGUCUGAAAUUGAAUCUAUAUUGUACUCCUUGGUAUUAUUGUGAUUUUGAUUCAACACGAUUAAAAACUUAUGAAAUGAA